CUUCUGUGUUGUAGGUAGACGUGUCUGUGAUGUGACUGAGUUUCAUCUUGUGCACAUUAUUUAUCUGUGGACGUUUUUCUUGUUUGAAGUCACAGACGAGAGCAGCAGCUACUAUGAGUGUAACUGCAGCAGCCAGUGGAUUUGUUGUCCUUCUUCUCACUGUGACAGUGGUACAGUGUGAGAAUGGCUGGGAUGUGAGUUGCACUUCUACUGAGAUCUGUGCCGUCAGAGGAUCAACAGUGGACAUUACCUGUACCUACACAUACCCAUCCACAGUUAAUAACCAUGAUACUACAGUUCAGGAAACUUUCUGGUUCAUUAAAGAGAGUAAUUGGAUUCACGUUGAUCUAAGGACUGAUCCAGAGUAUUCAGGUCGUGUGGAGAAUCUCUGUGGAAACAACAAGUGCACUCUGAGAAUCUCUAACCUGAGAGAGAGCGACUCAGCUGUGUACAAGUUCAGGUUCAUAACAAACCAACCGAAUGGGAGUUUAACUGGUUCAGCUGGAGUCACUCUGUCAGUCACAGAUUUGCGUGUGCAGCUGAGCACAUUAGUGCAGUCUUCCUAUUUUAACCAUGCAGAGCUCAGGUGUCAGAGCAGUUGUCGUCUUCCUGAACAUCUGAACUACGUCUGGUACAAGAAUCAACAGAAGAUGAAGGAAGGAGCAUCUUAUUCAGGUUCAUUUAAAUCUACAGACAGAGUUUCCUGUGCUGUUAAAGGUCAAAAGGAUUUCUGCUCUCCGUCAAUGGUUGUAUGGAAUCAGAAUGGCUGGGUUGUGAGUUAGACUUCUACUGAGAUCUGUGCCUUCAGAGGAUCAACAGUGGACAUUACCUGUACCUGCACAUACCCAUCCAGGUCGAAUCACCGUGUUACUACAGUUCAGGAAACUUUCUGGUUCAAUGGGAUUCACGUUGAUCUAAAGACUGAUCCGGAGUAUCUCGUGUGGAGAAUCUCUGUGGAAACAACAAGUGCACUCUGAGAAUCUCUAACCUGAGAGAGAGCGACUCAGCUGUGUACAAGUUCAGGUUCACAAC